GUUUGUGCCACAAAAAGUAAUCAAAAAUUAAGCAAAAGGGUGGGGAAGAAAUUGAUUAAAUUCAAAGGCCACGGGUUUUGCAAAAGUGACAAUUUGUGAAUUCUUGAAGGUAUUUGCUUAAUGUAUGCUGGUUUUCAAAUUAGUGCUUCUGUAGCUGAAUUGCAAAUCACUUUCUUCCUUCGUAAAAUAGCAAGAACUGCCGCAAACGUCCGGGCAAUAUUUGUGUCUCCAGAAAGAUCGAUUUAUCGGAAGAAAAUGAACGAACGAAUUUGGUACUUAAAAUGAUGAUAGCAAAGCCAGCUACAAGAGGUCAAUUAAUGAAAAGCAACUACAUAAAUGGUUAAUGGUCUUUAAUAAAAAAAUAUAUAGUCUAAAAAAUAACUUUUGAUACAUUAGCGAAAAGGAGAACGACGACAAAAUGACGGUCGAUUUCAACGAUUAUUUUUGGGGGGAGAAGAACAAUGGUUUCGAUGUACUCUAUCAUAAUAUGAAAUUUGGCUGGGUAGCGAGCAAAGAACUCUCGGAGUUCUUUCGCGAAAAGUCCAAUAUCGAAGAACAAAACUCCAAACUAAUGGCCAAGCUAGCACACAAAGCCAGCACUGGCACAUUAAACAGCACCUUUGCGCCCGUCUGGACCAUACUGCGCACUUCGGCAGAGAAGCUCUCUACGCUGCAUCUACAAAUGGUGCAAAAGCUCACCGAGCUGGUGAAGGAUGUCGCCAAGUAUGCCGAUGAGUUACAUAAAAAACAUAAAACGGUUAAGGAAGAGGAAUCACACACCCUGGAAUGCGUACAAGCUAUGCAAGCAUCAACGGCGGCCGUGCAAAAGCUACGCGAUCUCUACAACAGCAAAGUAUUAGAAUUGGAGAAGGUGCGCAAGGACAAUGCAUCACAAAAGGACAUCGAAAAAAUCGAAACGAAAUUGCGCAAGUUGCAAGAAGAGUACAAAACGCUGCUUGACAAGCAUAAUCCGAUCAAAAACGAUUUCGAGCGGCGCAUGACGCAGACGUGUAAGCGUUUUCAAGAAAUUGAAGAGGUCCACUUGCGGCAAAUGAAGGAAUUUUUGUCUACAUUCUUAGAGAUGCUUCAAAAUAAUCAUGACAUGGUUGGACAGGUGCAUUCAGAUUUUAAGCGUCAAUUUAAUGACAUGACGGUGGACAAGCUUUUGGAGCAAUUUGUGCUCAACAAGUACACUGGCUUAGAGAAACCAAAAGUGCCCGAACUCGAAAUCACUCCACUUUCUAUACAACAACAACAGCAACAGUCCGUCUCAGCCACACGCUUGAAUCAAUCGGGCGGCUCUGCUGCGGCUGCUUCCAAUUCCAACUCAGCAACAAGCAUACAAGGUGCCAUAUCACGAAUUACCAGCGGUAGUGUGUCAAUAGAUCAACGUGGCAAUGUUGAGGCCGGUUCACUGGGUAGUGGCGGUGGCGGUAUCGGCGCGGCCGGUGGCAGUGGCAGUGGCAGCAAUAGCCUACUAAACGCCGACGAUACCAUACUCGGUAUACAGGCAUCACCACGUGCAACAUCACCAAUUCUUGUAAAUGCUACAACGACAUACGCUACCACCACUACUAGCAGCAUCAGCACUACGCCGGCAGGAGUAUCAUCGUCAAGCACGUCGACUGCUACCUCUACGGUGCGCAGCAAUUUCUUGAAUUGGUUUUCAUCCAGCAUUCCAAGCAAUAAGCAGCCAACAAAUGCCACAACAGGAGCAAACGCUGCAGCAGCGGCAACAGCGACAACAACAACAACAACCGCUAAUAGUGGUGGUGGGAAUUUCGGUACGGAUAGUAAUGGUUCUACCCACACCGGCACAGCCAUCAUCAAAAAUUCCCUUAAUUCAGAGCUUCAGUCACUGCAGGACAAUAAUAAUCAAGGUUCAUUUAUGUCGUCUGCUUUAACACAAUUACUGUCCGAACAAAAUGCCACUACUACUACCGCUAGCCCUCCUAUUCUUUCUACUACUACCAACAAUACCACUACAUCAUCCACAUCCUCCUCUUUAACAAAUCAAGCUGCUAUCGAACAGCACCUACAAAAACGCACGUCAUCGCCAACACCAACCGCCACUAAGCCCGCAUCGAGUCGGAAAUACACUGAACCAAUUUCUACAUCACUUAACGAACGUUCAAAUCAUCUACAUCAUCAUCAUCCACAUCAAACGUCUGCUAGUGGCGGCGCUUCUGUUGUCUCAGCAUCGAGUGCGGGUGCGGCUGCGGGAAAUUCACGCCGCACAACAUCACUAUUGAAUAUUUUCACAUCAAAUUCUCAGGUGUCUGGCAUUUUGCGUAGCCGUCGUGACAAAGCGAAAACUAAAAAAUCUAAAAAGAAGAAAGAUGGCGAAGCUGCCGACAAUAUCCAAGAGGAGCGACUCGGAAGUGUGGAUCGCUCCAACAAUUCCUACGAUAAUGACGAAAACAAUAAAAUGAAGGCGCAGAAUUCCAGCGGCAGCAGCGCCGGUGGCCUAGGCAUAUCUUCUGCUUCAGCGCCGGGUAGUGUGGACUCGUCAGGCGGUGGCGCCGGUGUACUGGGUAUUAACGCUUCUGGCAAUAGUGCAGGUGGCUUAACAAGCAGCGCUGCUAAUGCGGCGGGCAAUGCGAAUGCCAGCAGCAGCGCAACUGGAAAUGGCACGGCUGCAGGUGGUGCAGCCACCACUAAAGCAUAUGGCGCAAAUGAGGUUGAUGAAGAUGGUUACAGCAUGCAGCCACCGAAAGAUAAUGCUUGGAAUGAAAAUCACGAUAAAGCUGGCAGUUUCUACUCUGACUCAGACUCAGACUCAGAUAACGAUAAGCCGGAACGGCGCAUUCACGUGAAAAUCAAGCCACUGAAUAAUGGCCAAGCGCCAAUGUCUGCAAGUGUGGAUGAGUUGCGCGCUACGGUGGAGAAUAUCUCACUAUCACCCACCAGCGUCUUUUCGACUUUCAACCAACAGCACAGCAAUCAGCAGCUGCAACAAUCUCGCAUCGCUUCACGUCAGCAAUCGCCUGAGAUAUCCAACGCAUCCACACCAACGGCCACGGUGCAUCCAUAUGCGCCACUGCAGAGCCCCACACUCUCCAUGUCGAACAAUUCUAGAUACGCCGACUUAGGAGAUAUUUUCUCUGAGUUGGGCGAUGUAAGUGCCUCGGCGCCCGCCUCCGCCACACUAUCAAAAUCCAACAGUCGUCAGAUACCGACACCUACAUCAACUAGUAGUAUUGCAAUACCGCGACCACCUUCGCGCCGUUCUGAGAUGGGCAUGGCGCCCACAGUGGUGGCGGCUCGUGGGCGUAUAAGUCCAUCACCGGCGAUGAACCGUGCAGACAGUAUUGGUAGUUUAGAGUUUCGUACUGCUAUCGGUGGUAUUGGGUCAUCGCGUGGCCCAUCGCCGCUCACCAUUGGCAUUUCGGAUACGAUCCCAAUAGCAGUAGCAUUCCAUGAGAUCAUACACGCCUACUUUAGAGGUAGCGACGAGUCGCGCUGUCAGGUGAAAAUUUCUGGCGAUAUGAUGUUAUCAUUCCCUGCCGGCAUUGUUGGCCUUCUAGCAAAUAAUCCGAAUCCAGCGAAACUUGGUUUUCGCAUCAAAAAUGUGCAAAACUUGGAAAAUUUGAUACCGAAUUCGAAAUUAGUUCAAAUCGAUCGCAAUCAAUCGAGUUCCUUCAGUACAAUGUUGGAAUUCAAUAUGCCCGCUUUGACCGCUUUGCUGCGCCACCAAGCGGAACACAGUCCCAACGCGUCGUAUUUCAAUGUGGACAUACUCAAGUAUCAAGUGCGUUCCAAACCAGGCGCCUCGUCAUGUCCCUUCCAGCUGGUAUCGUAUUGGAAGUGUGAGUCCACAUUUACGGCACUCAAAAUCGAUUACAAGUACAAUAAUCACGCAAUGGCAAGCGCCUCACCGUUGCUGAAUGUCACGCUGUCGGUGCCGGUAAACGGUUCGGUGCGCAACGUGCAGUCGAAACCACAUUCCGCUUGGCUCGGUGAGUCGAAUCGCUUGGUUUGGAAUUUCACUGACAUCUCACAAAAUUCCCAAGAUGGAGGCGUCGGUACGUUACGUGCGCGUCUCGAACUGAACGAAGGUCCAUCCAUACCGGCCCUAUUGACUACGCAAUUCAAUUGUGAGGGCACUACACUAUCGGGCAUUGAGUUUGAGCUGCAGGGUAGUGGUUAUCGGCUAUCGUUGGUGAAGCGUCGUUUUGUGUCGGGCAAAUAUGUUUGCGAGGGGGAUGGCGUGCGCAGUGGCGCCACACCAACACCACCGUCUGUGGGGUCGUCUAGUCCAUUUUCAGCAAAGUCGAAUUAGUUGAAAACUAUUUAAAAUUAAUAAGAAACAAGAACAACAACAAACUAUAUAAACUAGCAACAGCAAAUGUGUUACACGAUUUUUCGUAAGUGUACCCGAUACUACCGCAGAGUCUAAGUAGCCAAAAAUAAAAAUGAUUCAAUUUAAUUAUCUUCAAUAAUUCAACAGCAUAAAAGCAACGACAUUUUUGAAAAUCAACACAAAUAUGCAUACCUACACACACACACACACAGCUAAACAACCGAAUAAACAUUUGAAAACGCGCUAAACAUUUGCUACAUAAUGUGAAGUAGAAAAAUAGGCUCGUGAAUUAGUAAAAAUUUAUUUAACAAAAAAAAACAAAAAAAAAAACUCAAUGAGGGCACCUGAAUAUGCCACUUGAAGAACACUAUAAUGUGCUAAGAAAAUUUUGUAACAGUUGUAUUUGUUGCUUAGCUUUAUUUGUUUUAAAUGCUGAUGCUGAAUAGACGAACGGAGCAACUACAAUUGCUUGUGGGGGAAUGCCGAAUUUAAGCGAGAAGUUUGUGCGCGCUACAUUCUUUUUAUUUUCUCUUUUGUAUUAUAAAUAUGAACUUGUUUUGUUUCUUUAUAUGGCUACGCCUAAGUUUUUGUGUAUAGCGUUGCGAAAAAACGAGCCAAAUUAUUGAAUUGUCUACCGUUUUUUGUAUUCCAUUAAAAUUUGGAGCGAUUAUGAAUAUUUAGCGCGAGAGGAUUGCACUUUUACGUAUUGUAUUGUUAAACUCUUUAUUAUUACUGUAAACAUAACUAUAUUAAAGAGUAUGUGUGUAUGUAGAUUUUUAUAUAUACAUAUGUAUUUGUAUAUGCUAAUAUACCUGUAGAACACUAAGUGUUGAUUUUAUGUUUAUUUUUUAAAUGAUAUAAAGCAAAUAAAAAGGAGAGUCCACUUUUCGAAGCCGAAGUUGUAUGUGAAUGUAAUGGUACGUACAUACAUACAUGCCGACAUACCUACAUUCAUGAAACCUACUAUUUACAUGCAUACGCGAUAACGCCAAUAGAAAUUUAUUAUAUUCGCAAAAAUACACAUGACAUCAAUAUGUAAAAAUAUGCAUUUUCCAAAGUAAUUUUAAAAUAAAUUCUGUAAGAUAGUGAGUGAGAAUUAUUUCAAAUAAUUUCUUUAGUCUAACUUUGUUGUUGAGCUUGCAGCUAUUUUCCAGUAAUUUAAAACUAGUUUUAGUUGCAAUGUAUUCAUCCAUUUGCUUUGCUCAUUACCGCUUUAAUAACGGCGCAUGUAAACAUGCAUAAAUACACACACAUAUAAACAAAUAAUUCGCUUUUAUUUAGAAUUCUUAUGUAGUUCAAAGAGAGAUUGUCUUGAUGUUUAAUGUGAAGUUGUGUUUUUUUUUUUUUUGUUCUUGUUUUGGAAAGCCAAUGAAAUUAUCUAUCCUAAUUUUUACCCAUAUAUUUAAUUAAAUUGAAUUGUAAUUGAGCUUUAACUGUAACCGGUGUAAAAUAUGUACAAUAUAAGAUGUGCUCGAGCUGCAAUAAUUGCGGGCGUGUUAUAUUUUAUGAGACAACAUCACUUCUAAACUCUUCACUGCAAAAUUGAGAUGCAGCACGAAAAGUAAGUAAAUUUAGUAAUAAAGCUAAAUUAAUAUGCUAUGAUAAA